AUGUCCGUCAACAAGACUCUCGUUUUCAAGAAGAUCCCCCAGGGAUACCCCGUCCCCGGGGAGCACGUGGUCGUCGAGACUGCCGCUUAUGAUGCCAGCGUUGCCGCUCCCGACAAUGGUGUCGUAAUGCAAUCCCUCUACACCAGCUUCGACCCCUACAUGCGUGGCCGUAUGCGUUCCGCCGAGGCCAAGUCGUACGCCCCCGCCUUCACUCUCGAUAAGCCCAUUGACAGCCGUACCAUUGGCAAGAUCGUGCGCUCCAAUAACGCCACUUACAAGGAAGGUGACCUGGUCAUUGGUCAGGUUCCAAUCCAGGAGUACAUCGCCUUCGGCGAGCAGGAACUGGUCCGCAUCCAAAAGCUUGACAACCCCCUCGGCAUCGAGGACAUUCGUGUCUUCCUGGGUCCCCUGGGCAUGCCCGGUUUGACCGCAUACUCAUCUUUGUACGAGAUUGGAAAGCCCAAGAAGGGUGAGACCAUUUUCGUCUCCGCUGCCAGUGGAGCCGUCGGCCAGCUGGUCGGCCAGCUCGCCAAGCACGAGGGUCUGCGCGUCAUUGGAUCCGUCGGCUCGGACGAGAAGCUCGAGUACAUCACCAAGACUCUCAACUUCGACGGCGGCUUCAACUACAAGACCGAGAAGCCCGCCGAUGCUCUUGCUCGCCUCGCUCCCGAGGGUAUUGACAUUUACUACGAGAACGUCGGUGGAGAGCACCUCGAUGCCGCCCUUGAUGCCAUGAACAACUUCGGUCGUGUUGUUGUCUGCGGUCUGAUCUCCCAGUACAACUCUGACCCUUACCCCAUCAAGAAAAUCAACAAUGUCCUCGUCAAGCGUAUUACUAUGCGCGGCUUCAUCGUCACUGACAAGGGCUUUGCCGAUGUUUACUCCAAGGAACACCAGGAGAAAGUGCAGAAGUGGAUCAAGGAUGGCUCGUUCAAGGUGCUCAUCCACGAAACUGUUGGCAUUGACAACGCUGCCGAGGGCUUAGUUGGCAUCUUCUACGGCAAGAACUUGGGCAAGGCUGUCCUGAAGUUCUAA